AUGCCCUGGAUCUCCCGCUCUUCCAAUGCCGAGGCAACGGAGCUUCAGGCCCUGGAGAAUGCCAUGCAGAAGCAACAGGAACUCAUCGCCCAGAUGAACCUCGUCUCGGGGGAACUCCAAGGACAGGUGACUCAGCUCACCAAAGAGCUGGAGCUGAGCAAGGCCUCAAAAGAGCAAGUGCAAGCAGCCGCUUCAAGGCUGGAAUCGGAGAAGGCUGUGCUGCUCAACGAGAUGCAGCAGAUCCGCAGCAAGGCUGCCACCGACCAGGAGGCAUUGGGGGAGAAGAUGCGGCAGCAGGAGAAGGAAGCUCAGAAGAAACUUGAAGAAUUUAAACAGGAUUUGAUGCAACUGAGUAGCUGCAAGGACUUCGACGGUCAGGAGGGAUUCAAGUCACGUCAGCAAUCUGGUGAUUUGGAUCGGCAAGGUCCUCAGUUUCCUGCGCCUGGAGAGACUGAGUUGGUCUCUGCCAUGGUGCCGAGCGUGCUCAUUGCGGUGGAAAUUGAUCUCGGAGGCAGUGGGGACGACACCAACGGAGGUGCGGCAACUCUGACCAUUGCUCCUUGGCAAACAAGCUCUGAUUACAAAUUGGUGGUUCAAGAUUUCAUCCACAACUACCGUUUGAAGCCCAUCUUCGAAGAAGCGGUUGUUCGCUUCCUUCAGGAGCUGGAGAGAACUGCAACCACUCUCCCACUCUUCCGGAAGGCUUCGUUGGCAGAGAUCUACCAGGAGUAUGGCUGA